AAGCAAGAUGCAUUGGAUAACACAAGUGCAUGUGGUGUAUUUGGAUGAAGCAACCGAACGAGAUGUUGCGAGCACGUGUACGUGCUGCGUCAAUCCACGAGCACUUACAUUCUGCCAAGUUUUAUUUUUCACAAAGAAAGUAAAUGAGAGAAGUCAUGUCAGAAGGCUAGAUCAAGCAAGUCUAAACAUUAUCAGUCGAAUGGCGGUAAAGAUUUGUUUGAAAGCCUUGGCAAACAUAGUAUUUUGCCUGAUACAGAAGUCACGACGUAUGGGAUAAAAGGUAGUGGUG